CACACCACUUGACCAUCCGCGCACUUUAGGCCUCAUUCUGUCCUUGUCACUCUUCUUCGUCCUGUGCAUCGACAGACCUCGCAGAGUCGACAUUGGAUAGCCUCGCGUCUCUUUUGUCUUUUCCUCUGUAUCGCGCUCGCAGCACCUCCACAGAAUGCACGGAGAGGUUUGCCACCUGCACAUUGGGCAGGCUGGCACUCAGCUUGGCAACGCUGCCUGGGAAUUGUAUCUUCUCGAACACGGCCUGAAGGCUGAUGGUCGACCUGAUCCCGAUGCCAAUGUUGGUGAUGCUGGAGCCUUUGAGACCUUUUUCACCGAGACCAGCAACAACAAACACGUCCCUCGGUCCAUUUUCGUCGAUCUCGACCCUUCCCCUAUUGAUGAAAUCCGAACCGGCAAAUACAGACAACUCUUCCACCCAGAGCUCCUGAUCAGUGGUAAAGAGGAUGCUGCAAAUAAUUAUGCUCGAGGUCACUACACCAUCGGCAAAGAGCUUGUGGACGAUGUUUUGGACAAGAUCCGCCGCGUUGCAGACAACUGUUCGUCCCUUCAAGGCUUCUUGAUCUUUCACUCCUUUGGGGGUGGUACUGGGUCCGGCUUCGGCGCCCUGCUUCUCGAACGACUCUCGGUCGACUAUGGCAAGAAGUGCAAGUUAGAAUUCGCCGUCUACCCUGCCCCACAGGUAUCGUCGUCUGUCGUCGAACCUUACAACGCUGUUCUCUCCACCCACAGCACCAUUGAGCACGCAGACUGCACAUUCUUGGUGGACAACGAAGCUGUGUACGAUAUCUGCCGUCGCAACCUGGAUAUUCCUCGACCCGACUAUGAGCAUCUAAACCGCCUCAUUGCCCAGGUCGUCUCCUCCGUCACUUCAAGUCUCCGCUUUGACGGUGCUCUGAACGUCGACUUGAACGAGUUCCAGACCAACUUGGUGCCGUAUCCUCGAAUCCACUAUCCACUCAUCAGCUAUGCGCCCGUUGUUUCCACCAAGCGAUCUUCCCAUGAGAGCUUCAAGGUCCACGACUUGACGCUGCAAUGCUUUGAGCCAAACAACCAGAUGGUCGUUUGUGAUCCCCGCAACGGAAAAUACAUGGCUGUUGCAUUGCUCUAUCGUGGUGAUGUUGUUCCCCGAGAUGCGAAUGCUGCCAUUGCCUCUCUCAAGGCCAAAUCAAGCUUCCAUUUGGUUGAUUGGUGCCCUACCGGAUUCAAAGUCGGCAUCAACUACCAACCUCCCAUGCCUGUUCCCGGCGGCGAGCUCGCCAAAGUCGACCGGUCCGUUAGCAUGCUGUCCAACACCACCGCCAUCGCCGAGGCCUGGAGUCGACUCGACCACAAAUUCGACCUCAUGUAUUCGAAGCGAGCGUUCGUGCACUGGUAUGUCGGCGAAGGAAUGGAGGAAGGCGAGUUCUCCGAAGCCCGAGAAGACCUGGCGGCAUUGGAAAAGGACUAUGAAGAAGUUGCUAGCGACAGUCUCGAGGCAGAAGAUGAGGCUGGCGCCGAGUAUUGAGUGCUCACACAAACAUCUAACUGAUACGACGACGACAUGAAAUCGGCGGAACGUCCUCAUUUGCAACCACACAGACGCGGUCAAUUGGUAGAUCACAGAGCUCCAAGUCAUUCAAAGGAUGAAUGAUGCGCCAUACUCUUUGGUCUAGAGAAGUGGAUUGUUGACCAAUGUGCGUGGAGUAAAUGAGACCCACGGUAUGAAAGCAUGAGACGAGUCACGGCAGCGGGUGUCGAUAGCACAGAUUGAUUGAAAUAGCGAUUGUUACCAUGAGAGAUAUGGGAAUUCUUGAGGAGUGGUGACGCCGUUCAUAAGACUGCAAGUUCAUGGAAGCUCUUUAGGUAGCGAACGAAAACCAUAUUACACCACUCAAUGGAGAGAUUACAGCUUUUCUAUA